AACAACACUGGACGGAGAAGAAUUAACAUUGAUGAUUGAACAUCCUACUGCAGUGACGACUGUCCGCUUUUUGUUGUUAUCGCUCCUUUUGUGUAAUCGUUUCGUAUGUUUUCUCAUAUAUAUUUCACGUGAAUUAUAAAAUUAACCUUGAAUCAAACGGGAUAACAAACAGCAAAUUAUAAAAUAAAUCUGCUUCUUGAAAUUAUUAUGCCUUAGUAAUAAUUAUCAUAGAAAGCCUUUGUUUACAAACAAUAAAAAAAAUGUGGUCACAUUUAGAACGUGGCAGUUCCCCAGUGGACUGGUGUGAAUCGAAUUAUUCUAUAUCACCAGUUAUAGCCGAAUUUGUCAACACCAUUAGCAAUGUAUUGUUUUUCUUAUUCCCACCAGUACUCAUUCAUUUAUUCCAAGAAUAUGCCAAAUUCUUUAACCCAGCCAUAAAUGUUCUGUGGGUUCUUUUAAUGGUCGUAGGACUGAGUUCAGCUUAUUUCCAUGCAACACUGAGUUUAGUGGGCCAAUUACUUGAUGAGCUUGCUAUUUUAUGGGUAUUCAUGGCUGCCUUUGCAAUGUUUUUACCUAAAAGAUAUUUCCCUAAAUUCUUAGGAGGAAACAGGAGGGUGUUAGCAUUCUAUUCGAGUGUGAUUUCUGUGGUGUCGACCGGACUUCUAGUGAUGCACCCGAAAGCGAAUGCAUUUGCUCUCAUGACGCUUGCUUUACCGGCAAUCGGAUUCUUGUGUAAAGAAUUAAACAGAGUAAAGUGUGCACGCGUUUAUCGUUUGGGCUUGCGAUGUGUGGCGGUCUGUUUCUUAGCAAUAUUCUCUUGGAUAAUAGACCGUAUGUUCUGCGAUACAUGGCUCUCCAUAGAUUUCCCAUACAUGCACGGUGUGUGGCAUAUUCUUAUAUUCAUAGCUAGUUACACUGCUCUCGUUCUCUUCGCAUACUUCAACGUGUCUGAGGAGCGACCUGAACAGAAACCUCAAUUGAAAUAUUGGCCCAGUAACAAUUUCGAACUUGGCGUUCCGUAUAUAACUAUAAAACAUCCGUGCAAGAAAGAUACACAUUUAGCCAUUUAAAUGGUUCUAUCUGUCAAUGAAUUAGUAUUGAAAUGCAAGUAAUGCAAUCAAAUCGUAUUAUAAUCGCACGUCAAUCUAACAGCAGCUCGACACGUUACGUUGAAUUUAAUUGUUUGUUUGAUUUGUCAGAUGUAUUGAAUAUGUCUGUGAGUGAUAAGACACGUUUGUAAGGCCUUUUUUCUUCCCAAGUAGAGUUAGAUAACUGUGUUUUGUUUGAUCCUAAAACGUGUGCCAAUCUGUGAUUAUUAGGCUACUCAAUUGCAAUGAUAAAAUUAAUUAUUAUUAUUUUUAAAUUUAUAUUUAUUAAUUUUUUUUUUUAUGACAGCAGCUACCUGCACCUACACUUGCAAUAGCUCGACAAUUUAUUAUCUAUAUAGGUAUAUGCGGUAAGAUAUAAAUUAUUGGAGCUGAAAUAUCGAUGUAUUAUAUGUUAAGUCUUACCGUAACGUAUGCAAACAAUAUGGUCUUAUUGAUGAUAGUUUUAGAGAAUAUUAUGAAAGUUUUAAUAGUCUUCUGUAAUCUGAAAUAAAUUUACAUUUUUUUUAAUAUAUGUAUUUAGGUAAAUGUUACCUUUUUUAAAAACAAUUUACACUCAGGUCUUUUUUUAAACUUAUUAAAGUAGUGUUUGUCGCAGAAACAAAUAGAAAUCAUUGAUGAUUUUUUAAUGUAUUAUUUUUUUAAUAAAUAUCACAAGUAUUUCUAUCUCGUUAUUUGAUAUAAUUGUGCUGUCGAUGUCUUUGGAUUAGCUAAAGCAGAGACCUCCCCUACGACUUUAUGAAUCUAGACAAGACAUAAAACCUAGAACAUUAGGUUUUAUGUCUUGUCUAGAUAUCAUAGAAAGCCUUUGUUUAAAUAAGACAUAAAACCUAGAAUAUUAGGUUUUAUGUCUUCUGAAAAUGUUCUAGAUUGUUUAAAAAACCGUGUAUUUAAAACAAAUUAUUUAACAGUAUCCUAAAAUAUGUAUUAGAAAUAGUAAUAGUUAAUUACAAAAUGUUAUAUUUUAGUUACCUUGAUUUAGUCAGCGAAGUAUUUAUAAUAAUAAUUUAAAAUUGUAAUAUUUGAUGUGUUAUGCAUUUAGAUAUAUGUGUACCAAUAUAUAUGCACAUAUAGCCUAUUGCAAUGGAAAUAGGAUAUACAAACUUUAGAUUUACGUAUUUCACACAAUUUGCUAAUAAAUUAGCUAUAUUGUGCACUACUAAGAGUUUAUGAUUAAUAUAUCUUUAUUUAUAAUACAAUACUAUUACACUUAACUAAAACGUUUAAAACGCAAUUUUUUCGCAAAACCAGAAAGAAUGUCAUAGAUCAAUCAAGCUCUCAACCAAUGAUAUCGCGUCAGUAUGCCGUCAAAUGUUGUUUAUUUAACUUUUUUCUUGUUAUGGUUGGGAUAGAGUAUACAUAUUAUAUGAACUAAUUUGACACAACAAAUUUGUUUUGAUCACCCGUGAUAAUUGACACAUAAUUGAUUCUCUUUGUUCAACAUCAGUCAGAAACAGAAAACAAUAUUUAUAUGUUGUCAAAUUAGUUAAAGAUUUGAUCUGAAUAAGCUUCCAGUGCUAUUUUUUAGUAACAAAUUAAAAUGUAUAAAAUUUGCUGGUUUGAUGUAAACAAUAUGGGUUGAAAAUGAUCCAGUUCUUGUUAAAAUAGUUCAAAAAUAUUUUGCAAUUACCAUUUUUUUUAUAUAGAGUGCAAUAUACAGUAUAUUUAUAAUUGAGACUGGUAUAGAUCUAUAGAAAUGUUUUGUAAUUCUAGAUUAAAUAUAGUAUUUAUUAGAACCCACUAUAUGUGUGUAGGUAUUUCACAUGACAAAUUCAAAUUUUAC